AUGAGCAGCGGCGAAGCAUCCUGGUCACAGCUGCCUCCUGGUGACCUGAGACUCUGUAACAACUGCUACAAACAGGGGCAUCUCGCCGCAGACUGCACGAACGAGAAAGCAUGCAACAAUUGCAGGAAAACAGGGCACCUCGCUCGUGAUUGCACAAACGAGCCUGUCUGCAAUCUCUGCAAUGUUGCAGGGCAUGUAGCUAGGCAAUGCCCAAAGUCAGGAACGCUUGGUACCUUUGGAGGUGGCUUUGGUGGUGGGUUUCGUGGUGGGUACCAAGAUGUCAUCUGUCGGAACUGCAAUCAGGUUGGGCAUAUGAGUCGGGACUGCAUGGGUGCUCUGAUGAUCUGCGAUAACUGUGCCGGAAGGGGGCAUAUGGCCUACGAGUGCCCAUCAAGUAGGUUCAUGGACCGUGGGUUCCGAAGGUACUGA